AUGUCUCUCAAUCGCAUCGCCUUCUUGGAGUCUUGGGAACAGAACCCUGCCGCAUUCCGCCGUCAACCGAGACCAGAGGACUCUGAAGAUGAAGAUAGAUAUCAUGACCUUCCGGAGCCUUCACUGUCAUCAUCCUUUCAAUCAAACAUUAGUAGUCGUCCAACCUUCCGAGAUCGCCUGAACUUUAAUCCCUAUGCUGGACCCGGUUGGAACGAGACCUUCGUGGAUGAGUUCGAUAGACCCUAUAGAGGUUCCUCGCCCAGGCGCCCUCGGGCUGAUGAAGCCGAACCUUUAGAACAACCCGAAGAAGAUGACACAUUGAGGCCACAGCAACCUGUGGGCUUAGAAACUACGGGAGCCUUUGAGGUUGGCCGUUCGAAACGAAUCUGUAAGUUGUAUGUCUCAGUGGUGAGCAAUACGGACUCUGAACUUUUCCAAAGUGCAGGAAUAGUCUUCGGAUUUGCGGCAAUCAAGCCCAUAUUCGUCAAAGAAGGAGUCUACCGCAACCUGUGCUCAAAGGACGAGCUCGAUAGCGGCUCAGAUGUAUGCUAUCGACAAGACAUCCGGCUGAAUCUAAUGUUUACGGUAGCCGCCGUUGCAACAAACGUGUCAGCAUUGCCCGUAGGAGCCAUACUAGACACCCAUGGCCCCCGAGUAUGUGGCAUCAUUGGCAGUAUCUGUUUAACCGUGGGCAGCCUUCUGCUCGGGCUCGCACCCAAGCUUUCCUUUGAUGCUUACUUACCAGGGUAUCUCUUUCUAUCCCUCGGGGGGCCUUUCAUCUUCGUCCCAUCGUAUCAACUGUCGAACACCUUCCCGACCCAUUCUGGUCUUAUCCUGUCCACCCUUACGGGUGCUUUCGACGCUUCCAGCGCACUCUUUCUCGUGUUUCGGCUGUUAAAUGAGAAGACCGAGGGCGCCUUCACUACAUCGCGGUUUUUCCUUAUCUAUCUCAUUGUACCAAUCUUCAUCUUGACUGCUCAGCUAACGGUCAUGCCCAAAACCUCCUACAAGACGGCAGGGGAGCUUGUUCAGCAGGCGGAAGAACAAAUCGUAGCGGAGGCAGCUGACCGAGUAGAUGAAGCUAUUGGUGACCGUAAUGAAGGAGAACGGCAACGCAAUGACCGCCGUCUUCAGCGGCAGACUGUUAUCAAUCAAAUCGAGGACUUGCUACAUGCACCUACGCCCGAGCAGGACCACCAACCACAACUAGAAGAAGAACAGACCGAGUCUAUCCCUCACACUGCUGGCGGUGUCUGGGGUGCCCUGCAUGGCCGCUCAGCCUUGCAGCAAAUUCGCACCCCAUGGUUCGUGCUUAUCACUCUCUUCACCGUCCUCCAAAUGCUUCGAAUCAACUACUUCGUCGCCACCAUUCGUCAACAAUACACCUAUCUUCUACACUCGCUCGAGCGUGCCAAAGCUUUGAAUUCCACUUUUGACGUCUUACUCCCUCUCGGCGGCCUGAUCUCCGUCCCCUUCACCGGAGCCAUCCUCGACAAUGCUAGUACCCCAGUCGUGCUUGGUAUCCUCGUUAUCACCGCUACGCUCAUUGGCCUCCUUGGUUGCAUCCCCAGCAUCCUCGCCGGCUAUGCCAAUAUCAUCCUCUUCGUCAUCUAUCGCCCCUUCUACUAUACAUCCGUCUCUGACUACGCUUCCAAAGUCUUCGGCUUCCAAACUUUCGGCAAGGUAUACGGCCUCAUCAUCUGUCUUGCAGGAUUGGGAAACUUCGCUCAGACAGGCCUCGACACCCUCGUCUUCCGAGUCUUCCAUCGCAAUCCCAUUCCCGUCAACGCGAUGCUUACAGGUUUAACGUUCCCCGUUGGCCUAGCUUUGGUCGCAUACGUCUCAUGGCAGACUAAGAAGCUAGCCGCCGCCAAGUUAGCCCAAGAAAAUGUCACCGAUGGUGCCAAUGCUGAGAGUGGACUCGUGGCGGGCCACGACGACCAGGUGAAUUCUCGGGACUGGUACGCGGAUGAGAGGACACCGCUGCUGGGUGAUAGUAUUCGGGGGCGUCGAUCUUCCUUUGCAGUUGGGGUUCCACCUUCUUGA